GUGAGGAAUACGGCGACGGUAAAUGGCCAGUCAGUUUAAAGUUCUUCUCUCUCUCAAACGGAAGGAGGGCGGCGGUGGGGUGUUCUAUAAACACGAUGGGGAGAGGUUCACACAACCCCAUACCCUCAAACUGAACCAAAACACGGACUAUGUCGUCACCGUACAAUCCAACAGAAAACUCAGAGACCUAAUGAUUCACGGAGAAAGAUGCGAACUUACGGAGGUGAAGCGGGACAAAUCGAACUCUUCCGAUGAUUCCUUAAAAUUUUCCGCCAAUUUUAACACCACUGGGUACGCCGCGGAAAAGAGGAAAGGGCGGAAGGACAUUGCGAUAGCGCUAAUGUUUGAUAGUGGCGCCACAUUAACAGUCCUACUCCAAUGCAAGUUUUAUGGUCAGGGCGAGAUUGAACAUUGUAGAUGGGGCUCUAGUCUCACCUGGAUUGAGUACGACUGCUCUUUGACCGAAGGCCAAACUGGGGUUCGAGUCAAUAAACACAAAUUUGUAUGACAACAUCCAUAGCAAUAUAAAUCGUUUCGUCGAAUAUUUUAAUUAAUGCUACUGGUCAAAACUGGGUUACGUACAUGUAAUAGUAACCCUGACCAGUUUUUACAUACAAUUCACAAUUAUGAUUGAAGGAAAGGUUUAAAGACAAUUCGGUCUAACUCGCUGUUUAUAUACAAUUUAUUAUGUUUUUACUGUAUCUGUAUUAUUUUAAUUUUAAUAAAAUAUAUUUUAAUUCUAAAA